AGCCCUGCAGAAUCGUGACGUCAUGAAUAAGAAUCCAUGCACAUGUAAAAACACAGGGCGCUAUCUAUCGCAUGUGGUUGUGAGUUUUGGACAAGUUGAUUCGUCCGCUACAGAAGUGUUUUAUGUAUGUGGGUACACCAUGUCGAGAGGAAAACCGACAUUUGAUGUUUACGUGACCAAUCUGCCAGAUGACAUUGACGAUGAAUUUUUGAAGCAAGAGUUUUCUCGAGGCGGAAGUGUGCAGUCAGUGACAAUAAAAGACGGAAAGAACAAUGCUGCCAAAUUUGGAUUUGUGCGUUAUUUGAAAGAGGAGGCACAGGAUUCAGCAGUCACUCAGUUGAACGGGAAAUACAUCAAAGGAAAUGUGGUGGUCGUCCAGAAGGCAAACUACAAGAAAAAGGGAAAUACAGACACCAAUGCACAGAAUGGAGAGAACAGACGACAGCCGAGAGGUAACUAUCAAGCUAAUGGUGUCAGGCAGCAAGAACCAGUGGAUACAUCUCCAGAGUACAUAGAGCAAGCCAUCCUGAUAACAUACGUGAUAGACGCAUGCACUGUUUUUGGCCAGCUAGCCCACCAGGACAUGGCAGAAGUCAGUGCCAAGCUAAUGAUGGAGAUCAACCAGUACUGUCCCGUGGCGCAGCAGAUAGGCCCAGAGCAGCCAGAUCUUAACAAGGUGUAUGGGGCUCUCUUCUCAGAGGAUGGGAUGUGGUAUCGGUGCAAAGUCUCGCCGAAUCUGGAUGGGUCCGGUCAACAGGGCUCCAAGGUGCGUGUUCACUAUCUUGACUAUGGCAAUGACGAGGUCGUUGAUAGCAGCUCAUUGGUAGAGCUGCCCAUGUCGCUUGCCUCGCUACCCCCUCAAGCCCACAUGCUAGUCUUCCGAGGGAUCAAGCCCACAGCUCAGACUACAGAGGACAACAGAAAGGCUGUAGAGUUUCUGCAAGCCGCCACCGACGGCAAGUCCGUCAUGGCCCGCCUCUACCGCCCUCUACAGACCACCUCCAGCAGCACACCAGUUGAGAUUUACGACGGCCCCAGCGGGCUGAACGACGUCUUGAUCCAGAAGGGAUUUGUUGUCAGGGUCCUGCCCCCCUCCCCGAAGCCACUCCUGGGCAACAGCCCUGUCACCGCUAACGCAUCUUCUCCAAAUACUUCCAGGGGGAGUCCCACCCCUGGAAAUUCAUCAGCCAAAAAUGCAGGGAGGGGCUUGUUGGAGAUGCCCCCUAUGCAGCCCGACAAAAGGAGCCCUAACACGGCUAAAUCCCCGAGCUACCAGAAGACUGGAUCCGCAGGGGCGACCACAGACAGACAAGGUGAAGUACAGUCGUUGAAGAAGGAGAUCACUCACCUCAAGACAGACAAGGCCGAGCUGGUCAAGAAAUGCCACGAAAGUGUGCGCGAGAUCACCAAGCUAGAGGGGGAGAAAAAGGAGCUGCAGACCGAGUACCAGUCAGUCAAGGAGGCAGCCACAAACACACUUUCAUGCCUGAAGAAAUUUGAAGACAAAUACGAGACCGCAAUGCAGACUAAAGCUGCGAGCUUGCUGGAAACACUUGCGGCCCUGAAGCAAAUAAGGAAACAAGUUGUGAUUGACCCCGACAUGCCGGACCCAGUAGAGAACGCCAUCACGCUGUUGACCAACUCCACCGACACAUUUGUGAGUCUGACAGACGGAAUCAAUGAGGAAGCGGUGCAAGCAGCUCAGAGUGAGCUCAGUAAACACCAAGCCAAAUUCUACCUACCAGAAGCAAAGGAUCAGUUAGAUGAGCUGAUAUCGUCCCGAGACCAAGCCCGACAGAGGACGUAUGAGGCCAUAUCAACGUUCCUGGAUGUGGUUAACAAUCUGCCAAUGGCAGAAAGGAGAGCCAAGAUCGAGAGUUCUUUGGGGGAGCUAGAGGAGACCUACCAGCACAUGCUGGAUGGCCCCACAGACGAAUCGCUGACAGGACGUGGGGACGGAGACCGGGAUCAAAUCAACAUCUGCAUCAAUUACAAAGAAUGGAAGGAGAAGAAGAGUAAGCAGUUGAAGACGCUACGUGAGACGACUGAUCAACUGGCUGGAGUCUGGCGUGAGACUGUUCGACAGAACAUGCUUGAUCCAUUUGACAUGACCUCUGACCUCGCCAACCCGUCUGUUCCCCCAUUGGACGACCUGGCCCAGUGCCUCAUCGUUGCCAUGGAAACAGAGAUUGCCAUGACGGGCCAGGACUCUACAGACCUGAAGGUUGAUCCGGCUUUACUGCAGAAAAAAAAGGAAGAGAAAGGUCAAGAGACUGCCAUUCUCAACAACACAGUGCGCGUCGUCGUCAAGCAACUGGGCCUGGAACUAGACGCCAUAGACUACAUCAUCAGGCAGAAGGAUUCUUACACGGCAGCUAGGAAUGACUUUGAGAAGUGGCUUCAAGACAAGCCUGAUGUGUCCUGCUUGCAGUCCAUCCAGAAAGAGAUCAAGACGUUGAAGUCUAAGCUGCGUCACAAGCUGGCUGAUAAAGAUGACUUGGAAGAGGAUCCAGAUUUAAACAGUGGCGGAGAACUCCAGAAAAUUGAGAAAGAACUUACCCGCAUCCGUGCUGACUUACAGAGGGCAUACGCCGAAGAGGACAUACUAUUGGAGGAAGUUUCUGAGUUGAGUCGAGUCCAUUUCCCCGAGCUUGUGCAUCAGUAUCCGACUUUUGACAUCGAAAACUACCUGGAUACGCUGGGUCUUGUGAAGCGAGGUCGUGACCUUCAACAGUUUGACCUCAAACCGUUGCCAGGGUGCAACAAGAAGAUGAUUCAUCUGAGCCAGUGCAACGGCAAACCCAUCCUCAUUAAGUCCUUCUUCAUUCCGGAUGAUGCAGCACGGAAGGAGUUCCUCGUUCAAACCGUAAAAGCCAUGACAACAGGCUGCGAGGGCCGACUGAUCGCCAACGCCGUUUACUCGCUGUCCAAUCUUGGGGAGGUCCACCUCCUGCUACCCUACAUCGAGAUGGGCUCACUGGAAGCGGCUGUGGCUAAAGAAGGUUGCUUUGCUGCCAAACCACUGACCGCCAAAGAGCUGCAGUCCAUCUUCCGUGAUGUCUUGACUGGUAUUGACCAGUUGCAAGAGCUCAGUCAAUCCACUGUCCACGGUGCCGUCCACCCAAGGAAUGUCCUGCUGACCAGCCGCAGCUCGGCCGUGCUUGCCGAGUAUGACAUCACCAAAACACCCACUCAGCGUGCCCAGCAGGCCUAUAAGAGUGAUAACGGACUGACUUUCUCUCCGCCUGAAGUCACCAGCGGUCUGCCAGCGACACCUGCCUGGGAUAUGUACAGCUAUGGCAUGCUACUGCUCUGGGCCCACUGCCCAGAUGAACAGUUUUCAACCCUCCCAAAUGGCACACCGGAUCUGUCCUCGGCUGAAAUGAACCAACCUCUGAAGGAAAUCAUCUGCUCGCUCCUAAGCCACGCCCCUGAGAAACGCCCAAAUCCAGAAGAGGUCAUGGCAAUGGACUACUGUACCAAAUCUUUGCCAACUGAGGAUACUGAUGAAGUGACGGAAGAUGUUUUGGAAGAAGAGAAUGGGAACAAGGUGGAAGUCGAAUCGGGGGAUCCUAGCAUGGAUGAGAUACCCGAAGUUGAAGCUAGUGUUCCAAAAGACAGCAAUGCCGUCACAAGUGACGGAGAUCUCGUAGAGGACAAGGCGUCUCCUCUCGAAACACUCCAAGAUGAAAAGAUCGACACAGAAGAGUGUGGCAAGGAAACGAAGGGGGCGACACCUGAGGAGCGGGAAGAAGCGAAGACAGAUGAUGCAGGGAAGGUUGAUGAAGACGAGAAAACUAGAGACGAUGCAAAAACAACUCCACAAGCGAGUGCUCCAUCCUCAGGAUCCAUCCUCCUGAAGAAGAUGGUGGCUGCCAUGGCAACCACUGGAGAGAUGGGCAAAACAGACGCCGCAAAGACAGUGGAUGGGUCGGAAAUCUAACAGACGGAGAUGUGGAAGGAAGGCCACAGAAGCAUUAGUUCAAGAGCUUUCAUUUUGUUGUAUUCAAAAUUGUUUGAGAAGAAAGCAAACAAUUCUGCAUUGGAUAAAAGCCAUGGCGAUUCAAGGUUAAAAAAAAAGUGUUCCUAGAUCAUUAUUUUAGCGGUUUCCUCAGAACAGAUGUUUGGAGAUUAUUGCUUUAAGUUUUAUUUCAGAAAUCAGCUUUUAAAACUUUUUCCCUGAAGUGUAUGGGAGGACACAAGGGUAAGAUUUACAAGUGUUAUGAAGAAUGUAUUGAAUGAUUCGAAUGGCAAAUGUGAUUGCAAUGUUUUGUCCAAUUGAACUAAAAAUUUCAAACCUUUAAAAGGAACAUUUCUCAAAGCUAGACAAGCAUGUGUUAUUUGGGGAAAAUGUGUUAAAAUAUCAAGGAAAACCAGUAAACGUGGGUACUUCGAUAAUUGUAAUGGACUUUGUGCAUGAACAGAUGGUGCUUCAUCCAAGCGACAAGGCAACUUAGGUUUUUGAAUUUUUAUGCCUCCAGUGCCCAUGUAAGAUAUGUUACAUUCCAGUUUUUUCGAUAUUUGUAUUCGAUUCGCCCCACUGCUUUACUCUAAAACUAUUUUUCUUAAGAAAAAGCAAACAUUCAAGUUCAAAUUUGUAAAGUUUAAGAUGCCUAACAUUUUUUUCAGCAAUUUCUUUCUUUAUGACGUAGAUGUUCCUUAAGGAAACUUUUCUUGUUUUACGCUGUUUACCCAAAUGUAUAUUCACUACUAACUUUGUCUGUCUUUUUCUUGUACUUUUUUAGAAUUUAGACUAAACCACAGACCAAUUAGUUUGAUCGUUUUGAGUCGUAUAACCUUUCCUUUUUAAAAUGUUAAUUUUUUUUCUCAGGUUUCGAAAAAUAACACAGGUUAGUGUUAUCUUAGGCUGAAUGAAAAGAAAAUAACGAGAAAUACAAACUCUUUGUUUUCAUUUUCAUUCAUUUUUCUUCUUUCUGAGAUAUUUAUAUAAAGUCGUCAGGAUAUGUCGGCAGAACACAAACAUUUAUUAGUUUUUUUCCGCCUAAGAAAUUAAUCAGUUACAACUUAACAAGUAUCUCUAGGAUUUUCCUGAGCAAAAUUAUGCAUUGAAUACAUCUCAUUGGGUUAGUCAAUUUAAAUCUUUAAUAGGCAGAUCCGGCCGUGAUUAUUUUGAUUUCAGGUCUUUAACUUUUCACAGAUAUGAAAAAAAGACACAAAUAUCAUCAUGCUACAUGUUGAACACUUCUAUUUUAGAAAGCUCCGUGUUAUAAAUUAACAGUUGCCAAAAUAUUUGCCAAUGUGCUAUGUUCUGUUAAUAUAAAAGUAACAUUUACAUAUAUACGAAAGAAAAACUAAAGUUCAUUUAAGCAAAGUUAUUUGUAUUGUUCGUUUUGAAUUCAACAUUCACGGCAGUGUCGUAGGUGCAACAAUGCUUCGUCCCCAAAUGUGGCAGUCAAAGUUUAUAUCCUGAGUUUAUCGAGCAACGUUUGCAAGAACUUGGUGGCAUUAGCCGGUUUGAAACGCUCUGAGGCGAUACAAUAUUGCCUGUCCACAGAAAUGUACUGGUACAAAAUCUACCAUUACGGCAGGAGCAAAAAAAAAAA